AUGAAAGUGCUGCUUCUAUUGCUGCUGGUAUUCAUGGAGCUGGGUCAGGCACAAGGAUCUCUCCACAGGGUGCCACUCAGGAGGUGCCAGUCUCUACGAAAGAAGCUUCGAAAGCAAGGCCAGCUCUCCGAGUUUUGGAAGGCCCAGAACCUAGACAUGAUCCAGUACACAGAAUCCUACACAGUGGACAAGAGCGCAAAUGAGCCCCUCAUCAAUUACCUGGAUAAGGAGUACUUUGGCACCAUCUCCAUUGGCUCUCCACCACAGAACUUCACUGUCAUCUUUGACACGGGCUCUUCCAACCUCUGGGUCACCUCUGUAUAUUGCACCAGUCCGGCCUGCCAUAAGUGAGGACCAAAAUUAAAUACACAUACCCAGUUCAGCCCUUCGCAGUCUGACACAUACAGAGCACAGGGCAGUCCUUUCAUCUUAAAGUAUGGGACCGGGAGCUUGACUGGGAUCAUUGGAGUGGACCAAGUCUCUGUGGAGGGACUGACUGUGGUCAGUCAGCAGUUUGGAGAGAGUGUCACAGAGCCAGGAGAUACCUUUGUAAUGCCAGAAUUUGAUGGAAUUCUAGGCCUGGGUUACCCUUCUUUGGCUCUUGAGGGAGUGACCCCAGUUUUUGACAACAUGAUGGCCCAGAACCUGAUAGAUAUACCCAUGUUUUCCGUGUACAUGAGCAGUAACUCAGAAGAUGGUGCUGCGAGUGAGCUGAUUUUCGGAGGUUAUGACCAUUCCCAUUUCUCUGGGAUAUUAAACUGGGUCCCUGUCACCAAGCAAAGCUUCUGGCAGAUUGCACUGGACUCAAUCCAGGUGGGAGGUACAGUAAUGUUUUGCUCUGAAGGCUGCCAGGCCAUCGUAGACACAGGGACCUCCCUCAUCGCAGGACCCUACAAGGAGAUCCAACAGUUGCAAAAAGCCAUUGGAGCAGAACCCAUAGAUGAAGAAUAUGCAGUGGAGUGUGACAACCUCAACAUCAUGCCAGAUGUCACCUUCAUCAUCAAUAAAAUCCCCUACACUCUUCAACCAUCUACCUACACUCAGCAGGACUUUGUGGAUGGAAUGAACUUAUGCAGCAGUGGCUUUCAAGCCAAUGACAUCCAGCCUCCAGUAGGGCCCCUCUGGAUCUUAGGUGAUGUCUUUAUUAGACAGUUUUACACUGUUUUUGACCGUGGUAAUAACCUUGUGGGUUUGGCCCCAGCAAUACCUUAA